GCCAUUUUUAUUUUUUACAAUUUUUUGACAAAAGAGAUUUGCGUCCUUUUUUGCAAAAAAUAUAAAAAAGAUUAAAGUAAAAUUUAACAAAGUUCACAAAAAAUAAAACUAAUUUGUAAAUACCGUUUACAUAUAACAAAUCAAAAAGAUAUACAUAUAAAAUAGAAGAAUAUGAGUGGAAAAGUAUUAUUUGCGUGCUCAAAGUGUUUCUCGAGGCAUCCAUUUGAGGAAUUAUCGUCGGGAACUCAACUUUGCAAGAACUGUCGUGGUUCCACCUCCGUGGUUAAAUGUUCUUAUUGUCGUUCAGAAUUUCAACCAAAUUCAAAAUCUCAGAAUAUUUGCAAAAAAUGUGAACAUAAUCUGAGUAAAUACGGUAAACCCAGUGCCUGUGAGUGUUGCAAAAUUGUUGCAGCUUUUGGUAACUCCAAGUGCAUGAGAUGUGCAAGCUACGAGGCCAGAUAUGGACCACCAGUACAGUGUGACGAAUGCAAACUAAGAUCAGCCUUCGAUCGACGUGAUGAAAAUAAAAAGGUUAAUGGCAAAUUGCUGUGUUGGCUUUGUACCUGUGCAUAUAAGCGGGCUUAUCUAAAAGCCCAACAGGAGGGUCGAAUACCAUCCAAAAAAAGGCCUCAUGAAAAAUCACAUCGCGAUAGUUCUACUGCGUCGGCUAAAAAACCCUCCCGUAGUGAUAUUAGCAAAACAAAUAGUAGCAAUACAAAUGUUGCUGUAUCGGCUGUUAGUGCAGCUGGUCUCGAUAUGCCAGAAAAAAUAUCACGUACUGGUUCGUCAGGCAGUGGUAACGGUAGUAUAGGUUUAGGAUCAAUUGCUGCACCAGCUGUAGUGAGUAUUGAUCCAAAUUCCGCCGAUCACGUUGUGGCUAUGACAACUUUAAAGGAGCGUAUUGCUAGUCUGGAAAAGCGUUUGUCGCAAAAAGACAAGGAGUUGUUAGAAAAAGAUAAAUUGCUUACCGAACUUAAGGGUAAAAACUUUGAAAAAGAAAAUGAGAUGCGUAACAAAUUAAGAGAUAUUGAUAGAUUAAAUGAAAUGAAAGUGGAUAAUUUAAACAGAAAAGUUGCAUCUCUACUUAAGGAGGUGGCUAUGCUAAAGAAAAGCAACAAAAAGAAUAAUGGAGGUGGAUCUAGUGCAGCUUUAGCUGCAAAUCGAGAAAAGGAAAGAGAAAAACGUGAACGUGAGAAUGUUUCUCCCAAAGAAGAAAUAACCGCUGCCAGCACAGCAACCGAAUCAUCGGAUAAAGAUGAUGAAAAGGACGAUGCUAAGGAAGACAUUAAAAGCGAAGAUUCGCGUGAUUCACGUAUCAGUACUAAAGAAGAGACCAAACCUUCGAAAGUGGAGGAUGAAUCUAAAGAAAUUGAAGCUGAGGAAGAUGAAGAGAAAGAAAAACGUGAGGAACGUGAGAAAAGUGUUAAGAGUGAAAAAAGCGACAAGAGUGAAAAGAGUGUUAAAAGUGAGAAAAGUGUUAAGAGUGAAAAAAGUGACAAGAGUGUUAAAAGCGAGAAAAGCAAAAACAAUAAGGAAGAAGACGUUGAACGUUCGGGAACUCGUUCUCGUUCCGGUUCAAGAUCAGUAUCACGUUCAGCAUCUAGAUCUAAAUCUCGUUCCCGUUCUCAAUCUCGUUCUCGUUCACGCUCUCGUUCACAUUCUCAAUCACGAUCUCGUUCAGGAUCUCGUUCACGUUCUGGUUCACGUUCACCAUCUCGUUCGCGCUCUAAUUCACCCGAUUCCAAUUAAUCAACGACAGAAACUUUUCCUUUUUUUAUUUACUCAAUUUUAUUAAGUGUUUUUAGAACAUCUAAUACACAAUUUUUUUUCUUAUUGUUCUUGCUUUUUUUUAAUUUUUGGAAUAUUUCAAACAUUCAAUUAUAAUGUACUGAUUGAAAGUUUAGAGUAAAAUAAAGUUAUGACGCUCAUAUAUCUUUCCUAAAUAAAAUACAGAUAUUUAUGUAUGUUUGGUUAGCCGAUUAAAGACUUUCUCGUUUAGCUUUAGAUUCUUUAUAAUGUGUUUUUUUUUAAUGUUUUGCAACACUUUUCUUCCUUGUGUUUUUCUUUUGCUCUCUUUCUAUAUUUUAUAAUUCCUUUAAAGUCGUAUUUUAUAUUCUUUUUUUUUUAUUCAUGAUUAUUAUUCUUAAGUUUAUAUUUUUUAUAUUCUUUUUAAUUAUAAUUAAAUUAUAAUAUAGUUCAAUUUUAUUAAUUUUCUUUUUAAUGCUCGAUUUGUACUUGAUUCACGAAGAAGUAUUGGACAAUGAAAAAAGAAAAAACUAGUUCAUGGGAAAGAUUUUAUAAGUUGCUUACAAUUGCUACUACUCUAUACUUUUUCUUUAUUUAGUUUAAGAUGACUAUUUAAUUUUUGUAAUUAAAUUUAUAUUUUAAUUUGAAAACACAACUUUAAUACGUUAAUAAAAAUAAAUAAACAGA